AUGGUAGAAGAAGCCACGAAAUGCGAUCCGACUCUUAGUAAACUAUAUCGAUUCGUGAGCGAUGGUUGGCCUAAGGAGCGAACGGAUGUCAACGAUUGGGAGAUGCAACGCUAUUUUGACCGCCAAGAAGCUCUCUCAAUUGUGCAAGGCUGUGUUAUGUUUGGAGACCGUUUAAUUAUCCCAGCACAGUAUAGAAAGCGAUGCAUUAUCCAAUUGCAUAAAGGUCAUCCAGGUGCACAACGGAUGAAAGCCAUUGCACGCAGCUUCGUCUUUUGGCCAGGCUUAGACGAACAAAUAGUCGACUUUGUAAAGGCUUGUCACCAAUGUGCAUUAGCAGCGCGUUCGCCACCAAAGGCAGAGCCACAAUCAUGGCCCAAAUCGACAGCUCCAUGGCAAAGGAUUCACAUCGACUAUGCCGGUCCUUUGGAAGGAGAAUACUACUUAAUCGUUGUUGAUUCAAACACUAAAUGGCCGGAAAUUUUCCCAACGAAACUGAUAACAACGAAGGUAACACUCAGCUUGCUUCAAGAUUUAUUCGCCAACAAAGGAAUACCAGAGAUUCUUGUGUCGGACAACGGCACGCAGUUCAAAAGUUGGGAAUUUGAGGAAUUUUGUUGCCAGAACGGCAUCAGGCACAUAACGACAGCACCUUUCCACCCACAAUCGAAUGGCCAGGCCGAACGGUUCGUGGAUACAUUCAAACGAGCCAUCCGAAAAAUCCAGGAAGGGAAAGGUACGAUCAAGCAGGCUUUAAAUACGUUUCUUCUCACUUACCGAACAACUCCGAAUCCAAAUGUGCCAGAUGGCAAGUCACCAGCAGAAGCUAUGUACGGCAGACCGAUAAGAACUUCACUCGAAUUGCUGCGACCGCCCCGUAGAUCAGUACCACAACCAGUGUCAGAAUCGCCUGCCUUGCGAACCUUUAAUAAGGAAGAUAAGGUUUUCGCUAAAGUGUAUGCGAGUAAUAAGUGGACUUGGGUGCCCGGAGUCAUAAUGGAAAAACUUAGCAGAGUAAUGUAUAACGUCUGGGUCAACAAUAGUAAAAUGAUUCGCUCGCACAUUAAUCAGCUUAAAAGUAGGUCUUCGUUCGCAGCUCAACAGCCGUCAACUAAGUCGCAAAAAAUUCCGCUCGAGAUUUUGCUUAAUGAGUGGAACCUUGCUACUGCUGCGUCGAUGCCAGAACCUGCCUCCUCUGCGCCGGUGAACGAUGAGCCAGUGCUCGUCCCAGAGCCAGCCACCCUCCUCCAUCGCCAUCCUCAUCAUCGUCCACAUCAUCGGAUUUCCAGUCAGCAGCUGAGACUUCACCUGUAG